AAUAUCUUCAACAAAAUCAAUUGAUGGAAGUAGGAGAACAAACAUCCAAACAGAAGACAUAUUUGCAGAUCUUCUAAGAAACUUAUUUCCUGAAAAUUUGAUAUCUGCAACUUUCCAGAAGGAAUCCUUAUUGCUAGUUGCAUGCUUGGAAUCGCUGCUGGAGCAGCAAAAGAAACCGGUCGUCAGUUUGCAAAGUUUUUCUACUCUGCUACUGAAGUUAUUCUACUGUUAUUGGGGAAAAUCAUAUGGACCACUCCUAUUGGAGUCGCAAGUCUAAUCGCUAAAACUUUAGCAUCAACGAAAAAUUUAGAGGACGAUUUCAAUCGACUUGGACUGUUUAUUGCAACUGUUAUGGCGGGAUUAGGAAUACUAUCAUUCGUUGUACUUCCCAUCACCUACUUUAUUUUUAUUAGAAGGAACCCAUUUAAAUUUCUCUGGACAAUGUUGCAACCAGCUAUGAUUGUUCUAGCAUCAACCAGCACUGCUGUGGCUAUGCCGUCUGUCAUACAACAGCUGGAAGGUUCUAAUCAUGUAGAUAAUAAAAUAAGCCGUUUUGUAUGUCCUUUAAACGCAGCUAUAGGUCGCUGUGGUUCCUGUUUGUAUAUCUGUGUCUCUUGUUUAUUUAUAAUGCAAAUGGUAGACCGAAAUAUUGAUGCAGCUACUGUAAUACUAGUUUGCAUCCUCACAACGUUUUCAUCACUAGCCAUACCAGCCGUAGCGGGAGCUUCAUUGGUGACAGUGAUUAUUUUACUAACAGCUUUGGGAAUACCAGCCGAAGAAGUAUCUCUACUAUACGCCUUUGAAUGGUUCUUGGACCGAAUGCGUUCUACUACAAAUGUGUUUGUACAAGGGUUAUGCGGAGUUAUAACUAACAAAAUGUGUCAAUCGUCCCUCAAGAUAUUAGAGAAAUCUUCCGAAAACAACGUUGUUUAUGAGAAGGAAAUUGUUACUAAGGAAAAGAAAGAUAUAACUGUUUCAUCAAAUAUAAUUCCUGAUUCAGAAACUUCUUAUAAACGAGAACUAUUUAACGAAAAACUGUGACUCAUAUAUAGAGUAUGAAUAGUUCAUUAUGUUACUGGUGUAUAUUAUAUAAACGCUCUCAUAUUUUAUGCUUACAAAACAAUUAACUUAUAUUAUAUAAAAAUAUAGAACAGAGUAAAACUUAUAUUAUAUAAAAAUAUAGAAGAGAGUAAAAACUAUGUAUGAAGUCAGAAGGACACAACUACAUGUACAAACUAAUUGAAUAGGAACAUGGAAUUCACAUAUGAAUAAAAUAAAAAAUUGAAAACAA